AUGGAGGGGCGAAAAUCGUCAAAAAAGACCAGGUCCUACGGAGGAGCUCCUAGAAGCUUGCUAACAUCUCAGAACCCACCAAGUCCAAGCUCACUGGCGCGUCCAUUGUACAGAGAGCGCGUAAAAUCUGCACCCUUGGGAGUACCUCAAAGUGAAGAGCAACAGCGGCAAAGGACUUCCCAACAGACGUCCGCAGGCAAGACCAGGAGGGAAAGUCAGACUUCGGAACCUGGCUCAAGGCUUUGGGGGCCGCUUUCAGCUCCAAUCUCGAACGAAUCUGCAGGGCAUGUACAGCGCCACGGCAGCAAUGGCCGCGCUGGGGGUGUUCAUGAAGUUACCCUUGCGGUACUGGGUGCUCCAGCCGUCGGAAAGUCGACUUUUGUGCGUUCUUCGUUAGAUCUCAAAAAGGCGUCCACAUCACCCGUUUCCAGCAAAAAGGUAUCUCUGGAGGGUAAAAUAUCAGUUGUUAGACUGCUUGAGUUGGGCUUCGGAGAUGUGGAAAUCACGGCGAAUCAGAAUGUACUCUGGCCUACGAAAGUUGGAGACCAUAACACGCCGAUCAUUGAUGGAGUGUUGGCUCUGUACAAUGUCAUGGACCAGGGUAGUAUAUUUCACAUCCCAGCAUUACUAAAAGCGUUGUCCAAAGACGGUAUUCCCACGGUACUCGUAUCUGCCAAGUCUGAUAGUCCACGCGGAUCCUGGGAGGUGGAUCAUGACAUGGUACAGGAGCUUUGCAGUCCUGGCACGGGGAUCGAGUCUUUUCCGGUCUCCUUAUCUGCACCUGAGACACACAAAAGAUGCAUCUCUAUCAUUUUGCGUAAUAUCAUGUUGAAAAGGCGCGAAUCCCACACAUUAAAGUGCCCUACACGAUCUCGGGCUUUAACAACCACACAUACUACAAUUAUUAGCGAUACACGCCACUCGUUACAUCCGGCUCGCGCAAAGAGCAAGCAUGGCCGAGCUGCUUCCGAAGUGUCGAAUUCUGUGGCGCGAAAUAUGGACCCAGUCGCACUAUUGUCACCAUUACCCAGGACCACCACGACCAUCGACUCUCAGGCCGGAUCCUCGAGAAGAGCAACAAGUACUGGCAGAGACUCAGAAGUAUUUCCUCGUAGCGACCGGUCACGCGACUCACGAAAGUCCUCAGACGACAGCGGUGAUGAACUUGUGUCGCCUAUUAGGGGCAUGGAAGAUCUAGAUCCAGGAGAUCUUCCUCCAAAUCAUUUCGAUGUACCAAUCAAGGGUCAGGCUUCGGAUACAUCAAACAUUAUUUCGGAUCCCCUCCAAGGUAGCCGCGGCGGCCAAGGAAGCAGCGUAGCAGCUAAAGAUCUCCUCAGCGCUCAGAACAGCAAAUAUGCAGAGACGGAAGAUGACGACGCCAAGGAUCUAGGGGUCACUUUCGAAGAUUUAGUGGAUAGGCUUUUGGCACAGCCUAUGUCGAAAUCAGAUUCGAAAUUUGCAGCCAUCUUCUUGUGUUUAUAUCGGAAGUUCGCUCCGCCUUCUUCAUUGAUCAAGGCCAUUGUCCAUCGCUUCGAGGGUUUGAAUGACCGGGACCUUCCCCAUCUAAACCGAAAGACUUCGCAGCUGAGGUAUCUCAACAUUCUUAGGGAUUGGGCCUCGGAUUACCCCGGUGACUUUGCUCACCCUCUGACCCGUCGGCUGGUUACAAUUUUUGUGCAGGGUUUGGCGGCGUUUCCAGAGUACGCCAUCCCUAGCAAAGAGAUAAGCCCACAUUUGGAUGUGGUUGCAGAUGAUGAUGACACCCAAUGGGCAUGCUCUGACAAAAGUAGAAGUCGUGCAAACACGACGGAAAGCUUUCUGACCAUGUCUUCUGUUCAAAGCGCGGCCUCGACGCUCAACGCAGAUUCUCCCACGCUUACAGCAGACUCGUCUACGGAAGACGUCGUCGAACACAUAGGACCAGAGAAAGCUCAGCCUGCUAGGAUCUCAGGGCCACCAUCAUUCGUGCCUAGCAAUAGUAGAUCAGAAAGCCAAUCUAACGGCUCGUUCCAGACACUCCUCAACACACUGGAAAAUGCCCAGCGCCAAGCACAGCUCCUGACUCCAAUACCUCGGAAUUCGCUCACAAAGGUCCAGUGGCAUCAAUUCAUGGAAAUUCCGGAAGAGAAAAUUGCCCGAGAACUCACACGUAUUGACUGGGUCAUGUAUUGUUCUAUCAGACCACGCGAUCUUAUAAGACACGUGAGUCUUGCGAUUGACCAAAAGGAGAAGUGCAAGAGCCUCGAGCACUUCAAUAGAAUGAUACACCAAUUCAAUCACGUCGCCUUCUGGGUCGCCAAUGUCAUACUUCUUCGCGACAAGCCGAAGCACAGAGCAAGAGCCCUGGAGAAGUUUAUGAGUAUAGCAUGGAAAUUGCGUUACCUGAAUAAUUACAAUUCUCUUGGAGCAGUGAUCUCUGGGAUAAAUAGCAUAGCGGUGCAUCGGUUAGCGCAGACCAGAGAGCUUAUCCCAGCACCGGCGCAGAAACAGUUUAUGCGCCUCGAAAUACUCAUGGGAUCCCAAAAGAGUCACUCUGCAUAUCGCUUAGCUUGGACCAAUACUCCAACUCAGCGCAUCCCAUUUCUCCCGCUUCAUCUACGAGAUCUUGUUCUUGCUGAGCAAGGCAACCGAACAUACGUCGUCGGUGCAGAAGGCGAGCGCAUCAAUUGGAAAAAGUUUGAGAUCAUGGGGGAGGUGAUCAUAGGCAUUCAGAAAAGUCAAGAGGUCCCAUAUCCAACGAUCAACAAGAAUGAAGAGGUGCAGCGGUUAGUCCUCGAUGGACGGUUUUGCGAGGAUGAAGAUGAGCUUUAUGAGCGCAGCAUACAACUAGAGGGGCAAGGUCUCGGAGAAAGCACCAAGAAAAAAUUCAAUUGGUUCCAACGGUGA